AUGGGACCGGUGAUGGAGGGAGUGAAUCCCGUCCAUCAGGAGGCUGCUUCAAGAGGCCACACGGCGGACAGCGGCCAGGGACGACACGAGUCCAGUUGCAAACUGCACCAGAGAGGCACCUUAUCCGAGACCAUCUCAUCGAGUGCCUCCAGCCACCUCCCCGGUGUCUCCCCGCGUUUUUGCCCUCGUCUUCAUUCCGGUAUUUCCACGCCACGAGCCGUUCGUCGAUUGAUCCCGGUCCGUGCGCGUCUGUCUUCCGCCCGACAAGAGGCCGUGGCCAUUCCACUCUCCGCCAUGGGACCAGCGACACGAGAGCGCGAUCGCUGCUCCCAAUCCAAGGAUUCCGAUCGGAUGCCUGCGGUCGAGAAGCGGAUCCCCAGUGCCAACACAACCUCACAGAUGGACCAGGUCAAGGUCAAGGUCAGGACCAUGGGCCAUGGCCCAUGGCCAUGCAAGAGCAUGCGCCCCUCGGACGGGCUCAUUCGCAACCCAGCUCGAUUGGUAAGGAUGGGCGGUGACACUCCACACUGCCAUCACCGUGGUCAUUUGCUUCUCGUGUCCCUUUGUGGUUUCUUCUUCUUCUUCUCCAUCUCUAUUGGCUUCCUACGGAUUAUCCACCAAGGGACCAACUGGAGGCUUUGUCAACUCACUUGUUGCUCUUCGGGGAUCCGCGAGAGGGAUGAAGUCUUGCGGUGGGAAACUCGCCCCAUGGUCGAUAAGCUUGCGCCGAGUCCAGCGGAAGAGUGGACCAGAUCCUCGUUCAAUUGA